AUGAUGAUCUCAACUCUACCUGAUUUGUCCCCAGAAGGUUGCCUGGCGUUGAUGUUCGAUACGAGGCACUUCUCCGAUUUCGCCGCUAGAAAGAUGUGCCAUUCGCUGAGCGGACUCAUGAUGCUCUUCUUGCCCCCACAGUACCUUCUUUGCCGGCUCUAUGUGUAUGCGCUUGUGCCGGCCUUGCCCAAGUGGCGCUUUGGCGACUUCGGCGAUAUUGGAAUUACCGUCUACCUCGUUAUUGUCGGGUAG